AUGUGGGCCUACAUCAUAGCGGCAGCUCGAGGGGACUCACGACACUCCAUUCACAAGCGUAAUAAUUCUUCAGCCAACUCCUCCGACGACCACUUGUAUACAUAUCGUCAUGGGAAAGUAUUCACCCUAUCAAAUACAUCGGGGCCCAUUCCGGGCCCAUCUGGUCUGAACUCACAAAGCAUGGCCAAAAAUCAAGGAUCCUCACUCAACAAAAAACUAUUACGAGCCAAUGCUCAUAGUCCAAAACGCAUGUUGACUGGCAGCAGGUUAGAAGAAGGAAUCGAACCUUUUGAAGAGGUACUAUGGAGUAUGAUAACGAAAGAUCUCACACUGCAAGAGAAGAAGAAGAAGUUAGUAGAAUUUAAAUACCCAGAUAGUAACGAUGUUUAG